UACACUUUCUCUUUCUUCUUUAUUUAUUAAACAAAAUAAACAAAAUGUAUUUCUUAAAAGAGUUCAAACCCAAAUGCGAUUUUCUAAAGUGACUUCUGAUCACUUUCAGUUUAUACCUUCGAAAGAUACAAAAAAUUCAAAAUAUAUGGAAAAAUAUUAUGAUAAAUUAAAAAUCAAAGCUGAAAAGGAGAAUUUUUCUUCUGUGGAAGAAAUGAAAGCUGAAAGAUUAAAAGCAAUUCAAAAGAAUUCAUUUUUUGUACCAAAAAAAAUUUCAUCAACCGAAAGUGAAACGAAUUCAUCACAGAAAAAAAAUUAUACAGAAGCUACAAUGAAUCCACCACCAAAUGUCAAAACUCUUGACAAGAUAUUAAAUAUGGAAAAGAUAAAAGAUCAUGAUUCUGAAACAAUCGAAAAAAUAUGGUUAGAAUAUCAUUCUACAAAAAAUUGUUUGUCUGCCGUUAUUCCUGCUGAAACUUAUAGAACCUUAUUUAAACGCGGACAACAAUAUCCUAUGUUUGUUGUUCCUUUACCUCAAGAGCAUGGAUUAGAAUUUUAUAUUCUUCAAUUUCAAUUCCAUCAAUGUUUUUUCACUUCUUUAUUAGAAUAUAAAACUCAUGGUAUUGAAUCAAAACAUCAUAUGGUAUUAACUCAUUUUCCUGAACUUAUGGAUUUUAAAGGAAUUGUUUUAAUGCAUGGUGAAAUUAUUCAACCAAAAUUAAUUUCUUUAAAAUCUGCUCAAUAUCUUGCUUAUGCGAUGCAAAAAUUUUAUGUUAGUGGAACAAAUGAUGAAUUAAAUUUAGUUGAAAAAUUUCAUAAAUAUCCUGAUAAAUUUGAAUAUAAGGAUUUAAUAAAAAAUUUAUAAAAAUUAGA